CUGCUCACUCAGCCUCCCUUCCCAGCCGUGACAGCUCCUAAGCUGCUCAAACGCCUAGACCAUGGACCCUGGGGAAUGCACCUGCAUGUCUGGUGAAAUCUGCAUCUGUGGAGACAACUGCAAAUGCACAACUUGCAACUGUAAAACAUGUCGAAAAAGCUGCUGUCCCUGCUGCCCCCCAGGCUGUGCCAAGUGUGCCCAGGGCUGUAUCUGCAAAGGGGGCUCAGAUAAGUGCAGCUGCUGCCCCUGAAACCCAUCCACUGUGC